AUGGGUUCUGUCUCCGUUUCUCCUCAACCUCACGUCCCUGUAUCAGGAGUCUGGUGCCCCGCCGUCACCUUUUUCCACCAUGACACCGACACACUCGAUCUCGACUCUCAAUCCAAGUACUUCGCCUACCUAUCAACAACCGGUCUAGCAGGUCUAGUAAUCCUCGGCACAAACUCAGAGGCCUUCCUCCUCACCCGCGAAGAGCGAUCCCAGCUCAUCUCAACCGCAAGAGCAGCCGUCGGACCCGAUUUCCCCUUGAUGGCCGGAGUCGGCGCACACUCAACCAAGCAAACCCUCCAGCUCGCCCAGGAUGCCGCCGAUGCCGGCGCCAACUACCUCCUCGUCCUCCCGCCCGCAUACUUCGGCAAAGCCACCAAUAUGAACGUGGUGAAACGGUUCUUCUCCGAAGUCGCAGCCAAAUCACCUCUCCCUGUCGUGGUGUACAAUUUCCCCGGUGUGUGUAACGGGGUCGACAUGGAUUCCGAGACGAUCACUGCGAUCGCACGCGAGUCCGCAGCUAGCGGACGAUCCAACGUGGUAGGAGUCAAGUUGACCUGUGGAUCUGUGGGGAAAAUCACGCGGCUGGCUGCAUCGUUUGCGCCCGAGGAGUUUGCCACUUUCGGUGGACAGUCGGAUUUCCUGAUUGGUGGGCUAGCGGCAGGAAGCGCUGGGUGUAUUGCUGCCUUUGCGAAUGUCUUUCCUAAAGUGGCAGCAAGGAUUUAUGCUUUGUAUCAGAAGGGUCAACUUGAGGAGGCGGUGACGCUUCAACGGAAGGCCGCUCUCGCGGAAAGUGCUAUUAAAAGUGGGAUUGCGUCAACUAAGCAUGCGGUGGCUUGCUAUUCUGCUAAAUUGGCAGGAAUUCCGGAUGCAGCAGGUAAUCUGGCCCCUCGACACCCUUAUGAAGAGGUGGGAGAGGGGGCCAAAGGCGUGAUUCGGGAGGUUAUGGCGGAGGUUUCUGAGAUUGAGAAGAGUUUGUGA